GUAAUUCACCGAUUCGGUUUCAAAAAUGGCCGGAUUUAGUUUAGAAGAAUCGGCUGUAAAAAUACUUGGAGUGACAAUUGCCGUCAUUGGUGCAAUUUAUUUAAUUUAUCCACCAGGACUUCUCCUAAUUCCAUUAUCUCUUUUCAUCUUUUCCUACACCACGAAAAAUGAAAAAUGUUCCAGUAAAAAUGUCGACACCUUCUUUUCCGGUUUCAAAAUUGGUGGACAUCGUGGAGCACCGAAGAGUUUUCCAGAGAACAGUAUGGCUGGAUUUGCACAGGCAAAAGCCGAUGGAGCUGAUUUGAUAGAGUUUGAUGUGGCUUUGACAAAAGAUGGAAAAGCUGUUUUAAUGCAUGAUGAUGAUUUGGAUAGAACUACGGAUAUGAAGGGACCAAUUAGAGAUAAAACCCGUGCUGAACUAGAUCGUUGUGAUAUUUCUGCAACUUUUAAAAGAACUGCACCCGGAGACCACUGUCGUUUGGCUACCGUAUCUCGUGAACGUGUCCCAGAUAUGGAGGAUGUUGUUAAAUGGGCAGUUGAGAACAAUACUCGAAUGCUUUUUGAUGUUAAGGAUUCCGAUAAUGAGCUCGUUGAUCAAAUUGCCAAUCUUUUUCAAAAAUACAAUCUCUAUGACAAGGCAAUCGUAUGCAGUUUCUUCCCUUGGGUUGUAUAUCGUAUCAAGAAAGGAGAUCAAAAGAUUUUGACGGGUUUGACGUGGCGUCUCAAGUUCUGGUCUUACCACGACAUUGAGAAUAUCCGUCCAAGAUACUCGGGACCAAAACAAAUGCUUUUUGAAAUGAUUGAUGUUGCUCAUGUUUGGCUUCUAAAAAAAGUUACUCCUUGGUAUCUUGGAGCUGAUCUUUUGCUUACGAAUAAUUUGGAUAUUUCUCAAGCCUUGAUUAUGGAUCAAAGAAGACGUGGAAUGCGUGUUGCCGUGUGGACUGUAAAUGAUAUGGCUGAAAUGCAUUGGAUGCUCAAAACUCUCAAUAUUCCAAUUCUCACUGAUUAUCCAGAGCUCACGACUCAAGCUGCUCAUUUGGAAGAAUUGCAGAAGAGAGACUACAUGCCAAUGCACAAAUCUAGUUCUGAUUUGUAGAUUUUCGAAGUUUCAAUUUCUAUGUUUUGUUCAGUUACUGAAUUAGUUCCAGAAAUAUUACGAGUUUUAUGAUUAAAUGAAUGUUAUAUGGUAUUG